UGUAACUGACCACCCGAUAUGUGGUUGGCAACACUGUGGCUGGCCGUUGUGGCUCUGCUACUAACAGGUGCCAUCCAAGUGCAAACUACGAAGGUUCUCCAUCCCAACCAUGUGAACAGCAUCUGCAGCACCUGGGGCAGAGAGCACUUCAAGACCUUUGAUGGAAAUGUGUACCAGUUCCCAGGGACGUGUGAAUACAACCUGGCCUCCGACUGCCACUCGGAUUCCUACCCAGAGUUCUCUGUUCACCUGAAGAGGAACGAGGCAGCUGGGGCUGAUGGGAACCCUGUGGUCCAACACUUAGUGGUCACUAUCAACGAUCUGGUCUUCAUUUUGACCAAGACUCUGGUCAAGGUCAAUGAUGAAAUUGUCACACUGCCGUACUACAACGGAGGGGUUCAACUAGAGCGCAAUGCCGUUUACACCAAACUCCACUCCAAAGUGGGCCUCGUCGUCAUGUGGAACGGAGAAGACGCCGUCAUGGUGGAACUAGACGCAGAGUAUUCCAACCGUACCUGUGGUCUCUGUGGGGACUUCAAUGGAGUUCCUGUCCACAAUGAGUUCAUUCAUAAUGGUCGGGAAGUGAGCCCCAUUGAGUUUGGCAACAUGCAGAAGGUCCACAGGCCCAAUGAGGACUGUGAGGACCCGUAUGAAGAGGAAGAACAACCGGCCGCCGUUCCGCUUAGAGAAGACACAUGCAUGGCGUUUCAUGCCCAGUGUGAUCAGCUCCUGCGCUCCGCAUUGUGGAGCUCCUGUGGUGCAGUCCUGAACCCGGAGCCGUACAUUCAAGCCUGUGUCCAGGACCGGUGUAGCUGCAAAAACACCUCCGAUAGCUUCUGUCUCUGCAGCACCCUGGCAGAGUACUCCAGACAGUGUUCCCACGCUGGAGGACAACCACCCCAUUGGAGGACGACAACCUUCUGUGAGAAGCGGUGCCCGUUCAACAUGGUGCAUCUGGAAAGUGGCUCCCCCUGCAUGGACACCUGUACCCACUCAGACACCAGCUCACUGUGUGAAGAGCACCAGAUGGAUGGCUGCUUCUGCCCACCCGGAACUGUGUUUGACAAUAUCUCAAAGCGGGGAUGCAUACCUCAAGAUCAGUGUCAGUGCAAACAUGACAAAGUAUACAACUCUGGAGAGAUUUUCAGACAGGACAAUGAGGAAUGUAUCUGCCACCGAGGUCAGUGGUCCUGUAAGAGCCUACCCAGUCCUGCCACCUGUGCAGUUGAGGAGGGUUCACAUGUGAAGACCUUUGAUGGGAAAACAUACACCUUCCAUGGGGACUGUUACUAUUCCCUGGCCAAGGUGGAAAGCAAGAAUGAAGCCAGUCCCAAGUUCACUAUCUUUGUUCAGCUGGUUCCUUGUACAAGACAGGUGUUUGAUACUUGUCUCAAGAGUGUCGUGGUCCUGUUGAACAAUGAUAAAAACAAUGCUUUGGUGAUUACCGCCGAUGGGAAAGUCAGCCACAAUGCCCAGAUCACUCUGCCUUACAACACAGCUGAUAUCAGUGUGUUCCAGCCAUCGUCCUUCCACAUAAUGCUCCAGACCAGCUUUGGCCUGCAGAUUCAGAUCCAGCUGGUCCCUAUUAUGCAGGUCUAUGUCACUCUGGAUGAGGGCUACAGGGCCAAGACACAAGGAUUAUGUGGGAACUUCAACAAGGUUCUGUCCGAUGACAUGAAGACCCCCCAGGGUAUGGUGGAGGGAACCGCAGCUUCCUUUGGUAAUUCCUGGAAGGCUAACCCCACCUGUACAGACAGAGACGACAGACUGGACGACCCAUGCACCCUCAGUGUGGAGAGUGAGAACUAUGCUAAACACUGGUGCUCGUUGCUAAGAAGUGCAAAUAGCACAUUUACCAAGUGCCAUGCCAUGGUGGAUCCUGAACUUUAUUACAAGCGAUGCACAUACGCUAGCUGUAACUGUGAGAAGAGUGAAGAUUGCCUGUGUGCUGUAUUCUCAUCCUAUGUGAGAGAAUGCGCAGUCAAGGGAGUGGUCCUGACAGGCUGGAGACAGAAUGUGUGUGACAAAUACACUAGUAAGUGCCCAGCGUCUCAGAUCUACUCUGAUCAGCUUCAGAGAUGUCAGCUGACCUGUAGCUCCCUAGCCAGUGAACGCCAGGGCUGCACCAACAACUUCCUCCCAGUGGAUGGUUGUUCCUGCCCAGAAGGCCUCUAUAUGGAUGACAGUGACAUUUGUGUACCCAUGGCCAAAUGCCCCUGCUUCCACAAUGGGGUCAAAAUCAAGCCUGGGAAGUCCAUCAACAUCAAGGAGGAACACUGUGUCUGCAACAAUGGUCUGCUUCACUGUCGUUCUUGGAAAAUGCAAACCCGCAGUACCUGCCUGGCACCAAUGGUGUUCUCCGACUGCUCUGGUGACAUUGGAGUGCAGUGUACAAGGACCUGUAGGAACCCAGACUUUCUGGACUGUUUUGCGUCAGAGUGUGUGUCUGGGUGCAGGUGUCCCAGUCACCUAUAUGAUGAUGGGAAAGGUAUGUGUGUCAAAAAACAUGAAUGCACGUGCAGCCAUGAUGGAAACCUCUACGCUCCAGGAGCAGAGAUCCCACAAAAAUGUAACACAUGCACCUGUAAGAGUGGGAAAUGGGAGUGCACCAAGAACAAAUGUUCAGGAAGCUGUAUCAUCUAUGGCAGCGGCCAUUACAAUACCUUUGAUGACCGCACUUACGGAUUCCAAGGAAAAUGUGGCUACGUGGCUGUCCAGAACAAAUGUGGGCUCCGGCCAGUAGAGAACAACUUCAUGGUGAUCACAGAGAAUAUUCCUUGUGGAACCACAGGCACCACAUGCUCCAAGACUGUCAGGAUUCAACUGGGGAGAACAGAGCUGAAACUGCAUAAGGGGAUCCAUGAAGCAUUCGAUUUAGGAGAGGGCCCUCAGAUUGAAUACCGAGUGAGGACCGUUGGCCUGUACCUGGUUGUUGAGUCAGACAUUGGGAUCACAGUGCUGUGGGACCGCAAAACCGCCGUUCGCGUCCUCCUGGAGCCACAACAUCAUGGAGCGGUAUGUGGCCUGUGUGGGAACUUCAAUGGAGACGGUCUUGAUGACUUCACCACUCAAAAUAACUUGAUAGUCACCAGCCCUGUGGAGUUCGCUAACAGCUGGAAAGUUUACAGCUCUUGCCCUGACGCAGAUGUUAACGUCGAUCCAUGCGGUGCCAGACCCACCCGUCAAAACUGGGCUAAGAUGCAGUGUAGCAUCAUCAAAGGAGACACCUUUAAAGAUUGCCACCAUAAGGUGGACCCUGCUCUAUUCUUUGACAACUGUGUCAGGGACUCAUGUGCCUGUGACACUGGGGGAGACUGUGAGUGUUUCUGUACAGCUGUAGCAGCCUACGCCCAGGCCUGUACUGAGGCUGGGGUUUGUGUUGCAUGGAGAACUCCAGACAUUUGCCCUGUCUUCUGUGACUACUACAACAAGCCUGGUGACUGUGCAUGGCACUACAGCCCGUGCCAUACACCAUGCUACAAGACCUGCCUGAAUCCAACUGGAAUCUGUAACAACUCUCUCCCCCAUCUAGAAGGUUGUUACCCAACAUGCCCUCCAGAAACACCUAUAUUCAAUGAAAAGACUCAGGAGUGUGUGGAGGAUUGUAUAAUUAUACCAUCUACACCACCAACAACAACACCCUGGACCCCAACAACAACCACGCCCUGGACGCCAACAACUACCACCAUGACAACUACAACAACACCAGUACCAACUACAACACCAGUACCAACUACAACUCCAGAAGCAACUACAACAACACAAGUACCAACUACAACACCAGUACCAACUACAACACCAGUUCCACCUACAACAACACCAGUUCCACCUACAACAACACCAGUUCCACCUACAACAACACCAGUUCCAACUACAACACCAGUACCAACUACAACAACACCAGUACCAACUACAACACCAGUGCCAACUACGACAACCCCAGAACCAACUACAACACCAGUGCCAAUUUCAACAACACCAGUAUCAACAUCUACAACUCCAGUACCAACUACAACAACAUCAGGGCCAACUACAACACCAGUACCAACUACAACUACAGCAGAACCAACUACAACAACUCCAGUACCAACUACAACAACUCCAGUACCAACUACAACAACUCCAGUACCAACUACAACAACACCAGUACCCACUACGACAACACCAGUACCCACUACGACAACACCUGUACCCACUACGACAACACCAGUACCAACUACAACAACACCAGUACCCACUACGACAACACCAGUACCCACUACAACAACAGGGCCAUCUACAACUCCAGUACCAACUACAACAUCAGGGCCAACUACAACAACUCCAGUACCAACUACAACUACAUCAGGGCCAACUAUGACAACUCCAGUACCAACUACAACAACUCCAGUACCAACUACAACAACACCAGUACCCACUACGACAACACCAGUACCCACUACGACAACACCAGUACCCACUACGACAACACCUGUACCCACUACGACAACACCAGAACCAACUCCAACAACUCCAGUACCAACUACAUCAACACCAAUACCAACUACAACAACAGCAGAACCAACUACAACAACACCAUCAACAUCUACAACUCCAGUACCAACUACAACAUCAGGGCCAACUACAACACCAGGACCAACUACAACAACUCCAGUACCAACUACAACAACUCCAGUACCAACUACAACAACAUCAGGACCAACUACAACAACUCCAGUACCAACUACAACAACAUCAGGACCAACUCCAGGUCCAACUACAACAACACCAGCACCAACUACGACAACUCCAGAACCAACUACAACCACACCAGUACCACCUACAACAACACCAGUACCACCUACAACAACAGCAGAACCAACUACAACAACGCCAUCAACAUCUACAACUCCAGUACCAACUACAACAACAUCAGGGCCAUCUACAACACCAGUACCAACUACAACAACAUCAGGGCCAACUACAACAACUCCAGUGCCAACUACAACAACUCCAGUACCAACUACAACAACUCCAGUACCAACUACAACAACUCCAGUACCAACUACAACAACACCAGUACCCACUACGACAACACCAGUACCCACUACGACAACACCAGAACCAACUCCAACAACUCCAAUACCAACUACAUCAACACCAAUACCAACUACAACAACACCAUCAACAUCUACAACUCCAGUACCAACUACAACAUCAGGGCCAACUACAACAACUCCAGUACCAACUACAACAACUCCAGUACCAACUACAACAACUCCAGUACCAACUACAACAACUCCAGUACCAACUACAACAACAUCAGGACCAACUCCAGGUCCAACUACAAUAACACCAGCACCAACUACGACAACUCCAGAACCAACUAUGACAACUCCAGUACCAACUACAACCACACCAGUACCACCUACAACAACACCAGUACCAACUAUGACAACACCAGUACCCACUACGACAACACCAGAACCAACUACAACAGCUCCAGUACCAACUACAUCAACACCAAUACCAACUACAACAACAACUACAACAACGCCAUCAACAUCUACAACUCCAGUACCAACUACAACAUCAGGGCCAACUACAACAACUCCAGUACCAACUACAACAACACCAGAACCAACUACAACAACACCAGUACCCACUACGACAACACCAGUACCCACUACGACAACACCAGAACCAACUACAACAACUCCAGUACCAACUACAACAACAUCAGGGCCAACUACGACAACACCAGUACCCACUACGACAACACCAGAACCAACUACAACAACCCCAGUGCCAUCUACAACAACCCCAGUACCAACUACAACAACAUCAGGGCCAACUACCACACCAGUACCAACAACAACAACACCAGUACCGACUACAACACCAGUACCAACGACAACAAGAUCAGGACCAACUACAACACCAGGACCAACAGCAACAUCAGGACCAACUACAACACCUGUACCCCAAACUACAACAACAUCAGGGCCAACUACUAUACCAACAACUCACAGUACAACUGAAAAACCAACAACAACACAUUCUGUCAUAUAUACUGAAACCACUACAGCUCCUACAACAACACAUAAGUCUUCUACCACAGAAGCCACUACCCCAACGGCAUCCACAGCAUUUUCAAUUGUGACUGGUCCAACACCAUCCCAACCAUCAACAGAAGGAAUAGUCAGUCCCAUUAGUCCUGGACCAUCAACCCCACCACCAAUCACUUGUCCUGAAUGGGACAAAGUGCAAAAUGAGACUUUCUGGAUCUGCAACUGUACAAUGGCCAGAUGCAUUGAAAACAACACAAUUGAGAUUGUUCCUUAUGUAUGCCCAACACCUGAGCCAAUCACAUGCACCAAUGGGAAGAAACCAGUGCUGCAGUGGGAUGAGUCCCUUUGCUGUCAACGCUACGUCUGUGACUGCGUCUGUGAGGGUUGGGGCGACCCUCACUACAUCACCUUCGACGGGCUCUUCUACAGCUUCCAAGGCAACUGCACCUAUGUGCUGAUGGAGGAGAUCAAGCCACGACACCACUUCAAGAUCUACAUAGACAAUGUCUACUGUGAUCCCACAGAGGAUGUUUCGUGCCCACGAGCCAUCAUCGUGUCCUUCGGAUCAACAGCCAUAACACUGAAGAAUCACAACCUUAUUGGUGCUGCUAAAUUGGAGGCUCUUAUUAAUGGAGUAGCCCUGAAACUACCAUACAAGCACCAUGGGGUGAAGGUGAUUACCUCUGGUAUCAACAUGGUCUUGGAGAUACCACGCAUCAAUGUGAUAGUUACCUUUGGGAUCACUGGCUUCAGCGUGUACCUUCCCUGGAGACACUUUGGCAACAAUACCCAGGGACAUUGUGGAACAUGCAGCAACAACAAGGCUGAUGAUUGCAUGUUGCCUGGUGGACAACUGGUGGAAAACUGUGCUACGAUGGCAGAUUACUGGCCAGCCCGGGAUAUCUCCCAGCCUGACUGCUAUGUGCCACCUGUGAUACCCACAAAGACUCCUCUUCCUGAACCGACACAGAAGCCAUGCAAGCCUGACUCUGUUUGUGAAAUCCUGAAGAGCAGCGUCUUCGCGGCCUGCCAUCCUUUUGUCUCUCAUGAAAACUUCUAUAAAGGCUGUGUCUUUGACAGCUGCCACGUGUCCAACCCUGCUGUGCAGUGCACCAGCCUGCAGUCCUAUGCUGCAGCCUGUGCCCAAUUUGGAAUCUGCAUCUAUUGGAGAAAUCACUCCGCUUCUUGUGCCAGUGAAUGCCCAGCCGGCCAUGUCUACAAGCCCUGUGGUCCUGCAGAACAGCCAGCCUGUGAUGACAAUCCAGAAGGGUCCAAGGUUAACUUCACCACAGAAGGCUGCUUCUGUCCUGAUGGGAUGAAACUCUACAGCAAGGACUCCGGCAUCUGUGUUAAUAAGUGUGGAUGCCUUGAUCCUGACAAUGUGCCCCGAGAGUUCAAUGAGAGGUUUGAGUACAAAUGCCAGGAUUGCGUUUGUGAGGAGUCCACCAAGACCGUGACGUGUAAACCCAAGAUCUGCCCCAAUCCGCCAGUGACUUGCACUGAACCAGGAUUUGUAUAUGUCAACCAAACCGACCCGUCCAAUCCAUGCUGCACCACUCUCGCCUGCCGCUGUGAAAGCCGCACUUGCCCAACUACCAACAUGAACUGUCCUGUUGGAUUUCUGCCAGUGGUGUCUGUUCCUGAGGGAAAAUGCUGCCCAGAGCAUACAUGUGAACCUAAAAGAGUUUGUGUCCACAAUGGUGUUGAAUACCAGCCUAAAUCUAAAGUGCCAGCAUCUGAGUGCCAGGAUUGCACCUGUACCAAUUUAGUGGAUCCCAAUACACUUCUUUUCCAAAUUCAAUGUGAAUUUGUGGAAUGUGAAAAAGAAUGUGAAGAGGGAUAUGAGUACCAAGAGCCAGACUAUUUCUCAAACGACUGUUGUGGUAAAUGUGUUCAGACCCACUGUAUCCUCCAGGUCAAUGGAACCAAGCAGCUGUUGAAGCAUGGAGAACUGUGGUCGGCUGCUGGUGAGAAAUGCCAACAGUACAGCUGUAUGAAGCAAGACGGGAUUUAUCUGUCCCAGAGAGCCUAUAUUCACUGCCCGCCAUUCCAGAAGAGCAACUGCCAGCCUGGUUCAAUUCAGACUGCUGCAAAUGGCUGCUGCACUAUCUGUGUGGAGAAAGACAAGGCCUGCAAGAUUGGAUCCAUGAAGACCAAAGUCACUCACAAGAGCUGCCAGUCUGUUGAGGAGGUGGAAAUGCCGUACUGCGAGGGAUCCUGCAACACCUUCACAAAAUACUCUGAGAUGGCUGCAUCCCUGGAUCACUCUUGCUCCUGUUGCCAGGAGUCCCGGUCCAGUAACCGCACGGUAAACCUCCAGUGCCUGAACGGAGAUGUGGUGCCGUACACCUACAUACAUGUGGAGGAGUGUAGCUGCAGACACAGUGACUGUCCCAAAGCCGUCAGGUUGCCCGAACGCAAGAGACGCAGCCACACACUGGCCUAAGAGGAGUCUGCUUUCCAUUGAAAAGACCCAGCUAUCCUGCAAAUGAAAUAACUGAUAUUUAAAAUGUUGCUAAAAUGAAAUAUAUGCUAAUGCUUGCUAAUCUCAUUAAAAUGAAUCUUUCUAAAAAUAA